AUGAACAGUAACUGGUAGAAUGAAUUUAAUUGGAUUCAUGUUUCUGGAAUUUUGAUAAGUUAAGAGAAUGAGAAUAUGUAGAUUGAUCUUGUACCUUAACGGAAAGAUGUUCUUAAUGAAUUGAAAAUGGAAAUCCACCCUUCUGUUUCAAUAAAGAAAUAACUAAAUUACGAUGAUGAAACAGGUUGGAGUUGGCAUAAAUCAUGGAAUUUGCCUGAAAUUGAAUAUAAUAUUAAUGUAUUUACAUUCUUAGGUUUUAAUAGUCACUGCCUAACUAAAUUCAGUUGUAAUAAGGAACUUUAUUUGUAUAAAUCUUUGCGGUUAAAGCUUUAGAAAAGCCAUUAUAAUAUAAAAAUUUAGGUAUUAAGGGAGAAUCAAAAAAAUAAAUAAUAGACCAAUAGGUCAACUUUAGAUGCCUAAAAUUUACAACAACAUCUUAUAAUAAUGAUGUAUAAAUUCAUAUAGUAAUGUUAGCAUAAGAAAUUCCAUUUAAUGAUUAUUUUGUUAUAUUCCCCAGUAAAUGAUUAAAACAUGGUCCUGAGUUCGAUAAUAUCUCCUGAAAUCUAUGUGGAUUCUAGAAAAUUUGCUAGAUUUCACAAUAUUCCUAUUUAUUAACCCUCCUUUACAGAAUUAUUCCAUUACGACUUACUUUAUUCUAUAAUUACAAAAAGAGAAACAAAAAAUAAGUCUGUAAAGAUGAUCAAAAUAGAAAACUCAAUUAUAGGAUUUAUUAAUUAUUUUACUGCCUCAAAUAUCAGAAAUAAAAUUAAACAUCCAAUAUUUUUGGCAUUAAGAUUCUCUAGUUUAAUUAAAAUAUUUGUUGAUUAAUAAUUAUUUUAUUAAUAAACUAAUAUUGUGACUACUAUAUAAAUUCAUUUAAACAAUAUCAUAAAUAAAGUGGAAAACCAAAAGAAGAUUAAGUUAUUAAUUUCACUUUAAAAUGAAGAUAAUAUACUAUAAAAAAAGGUACUAUUCCUUAUUAUCCUAGGCGAUGGAACUAAUUUAAUAAUUAGAAAAUGGUUGCUAUGAGAUUUAUACACAACAAUGUUAUUUACCUGCUAAUAUUAUUUAAAUAGAAGAUCUACAAUUGCUUAUUUUGUAAUAUGGAGAGCUUUACUAAAAAUCUUAGAAAUAAAAUUAAAAGAAUAAAAAUUCUACCAAUAUAAAAACAUAAUCUUAAUCAUAAAUUGAUAAUAUUGUUGUUCAAAAAGUUAAGAUUGAAUAAUUUCCUAAUACAAAUAAUUAACCUAUAUUAACAACUAAAUAUGAAUUUCAAAAUUCAGUAAAAAAAGAAGAAGAUUAAUAUGUUUAAUAAUAGAUCUAAUAAAACAUUUAUUAAUAAUAUGCCUAGAAUGCAAAUAUUAAUUAAUCUCAAUUAUAUUUUUAAUCAUAUCUCAAUCAAACCUAUUAAAAUUAUGUGACAGUUUAAAAUUCAUAAAGUUUAAAUUAGUAUUUUUAUCCAUAUCCAUUUACAAGUUCAUAGUAUAUUUAAUGGAAAUAUAUUUGA